CACAAAGGUUGAUCUCUCGCAAAGGCUGCUGGGGAGUCAGGGUCAUAGUAGGAUGUCCGAAAACAUGAUGGAGAUGGCAGGAGUAGUUCAACUAAAAGGCGGUCCACAAACGUGACGCUGUAACCAUAUCACUUCUCGACGAAGUGUGUCGAUAUGUCGGAGAGCCAGCACGCAGGAUUCGUGGCCGACAGUUAAAUCGUCGUCUUCUGUGCGGUAAGCAAGCCAAACCCCUUCAGUUGUGUGCAAUAUCAAAACACCAGCCCGGGCAGGGGCUGCCUGACCGAGUAAUGCUUCCAAUCUUCCGACGAGAAGAUGGAUGAAAAGUCCAGCUCCAGCCGCCUCCUCAUCGCACUGCUCAUGGUGCUCCUGUUUGGCGUCAUCGUGCUUCAGUACGUCUGUCCUAGCUCCGACUGUCAGCUGCUGCACCUGGGGUCGCUGUCCUCCAAGUUCGGACGGGGGUCGCCCGGUUCCCGUGCGGCCGGGAUCGGCGGCCGUAACGCAGCCGGCGCGGGAGAUCCUUAUGUUGCAGAAGACGGUGCUUUGGCACGGUUUGUCCCGCGCUUCAAUUUCACCCCGGACGAUCUCGGCAGGGUCGUGGAUUUUAACAUCAAGGGGGACGAUGUCAUCGUUUUUCUCCACAUCCAAAAAACGGGCGGCACGACAUUCGGUCGUCAUCUGGUACGCAACAUUCAGCUGGAGAGGCCGUGCGAGUGUCAUGCUGGCCAAAAGAAGUGUACUUGCUAUCGGCCGGGUAAGAAGGAAACCUGGCUUUUCUCUCGCUUCUCCACUGGCUGGAGUUGUGGGCUGCAUGCGGACUGGACGGAGCUGACCAACUGCGUCCCAUCGGUUAUGAACAACCGAGAGUCAGCGGAAAUGCACACAUCUCCGAGGAACUACUACUACAUCACCAUCCUGCGUGACCCCGUGUGGCGUUACCUGAGCGAGUGGCGUCACGUGCAGCGUGGGGCGACCUGGAAGGCUUCGCUGCACGUGUGCGAUGGGCGUGCGCCCACGCUGGCUGAGCUGCCCAGCUGCUACCCGGGCGACGACUGGUCAGGUUGUUCGCUGGAGGAGUUCAUGGCGUGCCCGCACAACCUGGCCAACAACCGGCAGACGCGCAUGCUAGCUGACCUCAGCCUGGUCGGCUGCUACAACUCGUCCGGCACGAGCGAAGGUGAGCGCGGUGCCGCCCUGCUGGAGAGCGCCAAGCGCAACCUGCGGCGCAUGGCCUUCUUCGGCCUCACCGAGUACCAGCGCAAGACGCAGUACCUGUUUGAGCGCACCUUCCGCCUGGCCUUCAUUGCGCCCUUCACGCAGCUGAACGGCACACGCGCCGCCAGCGUGGAGGUGGCAGCCGAGACCCAGCGGCGCAUCCGUGAGCUCAACCGCUGGGACGUGGAACUGUACGAGUACGCACGCGAUCUCUUCCUGCAGCGCUUCCAGAGCGCACGGCAGCAGGAGCGCCGUGAGGCGCGCCAACGCCGCCUGCUGGAGAGGCGCCGGCUGCGCGCAAGGGCACCGCCCCGGAGGACAGGGCCCGCCGCACCACCCAGGACCACCCAGCCAGCUCCUGAGCCGACACAGGGCGAAGGGGACGUGGAAGACCCGUGGUGGGGGGACGGGGAUGAAAACGGAGCCGCGGAGGACUAUUUGGACAAUGUGGAACAGUGGUGACUCGUCAUGGGUAUUUAAGGACCAGGAGAUUCAUCUCUGACCUUUCCAAACAAACAAUUCAAACUCCAGCAGACUGCCUAGGGGAAAGUGUUUUCUGCUACUUCAUAAAAACAACUGUUUUAGAUUAGCACAUAUGUAAAACUGCGUUUGUUUUUGUUUGUUUUGUUUAAAAGACACUAAUGAACCGAGUGAACGCUGAACACUAUUUCCAUGCACACUACAAUCACUCACCCCUGUGUACUGGUGUCCCUAAAGGUCUUUGAAUUUGUGCUGUUAAAAGUGCUCUUGAAUGAAAAGAGCUUUUUCUUCCACUUUUUUGUAUUUGGACUUUCACUGAAAUUGAGUAAGCAUAUGAACUUUUCUAGCAUUAUUACUGUACCUUUUGUGUGCCCUCUGGCUUCAGUAUAAAAUGCCAUAGCAAAUCAAAUUGUUUACAAGUCCUAAUAUAAGAUAUAUUGAAAAUUGUAUAAAAAUCUCCACAAAUGGUUCUACGGGAACAUGAAUGGAAUUUGCCACUACUGCAAAUAAAUUUUUAUAUUAAUUGUA